CCUGGCGGGAGCUGGGCGGGGCCGGAAGGUGACCGGCACCAUGGCGGCCACGGUGCCGCUGCGGGACCGCCUGAGCUUCCUGCACCGGCUCCCGAUUCUCCUGAAGGGAACGUCGGAUGACGACGUCCCGUGUCCAGGCUACCUGUUUGAGGAGAUCACCAAGAUCUCCCACGAGUCCCUGGGCAGCAGCCAGUGCCUCCUGGAGUACCUGCUGAGCCGUCUGCAGAGCGGCUCUGGCCGCGUGAAGCUCAAGGUACUGAAGAUCAUGCUGCACCUGUGUGGUCAUGGCUCCUCGUCCUUCCUUCUCAUCCUUAAGCGCAACCCCGCCUUCAUCCAGGAAGCCGCAGGGCUGCUCCUCAGGGCCCUAGUAAGCCUUCCGCUCUUGGAAGGGCUGUGGGAGGACGGGACUGGUGAGGCCGUCGGGAGAGGUGGGGCUCUGGCCUGUCGUGAUCCAGGCGACAGUUUUCACGGGACCCCCGGAUCCUCUCCACGGGAACAGCUUGUACCAGAAGGUGCGGGCGGCUGCCCAGGACUUGGGGGCUGCCUUGUUCUCGGACGCCUUGUCACCUCUGCCUCCCUCCCAGCCGCCCAGGGCCCUGCCUCCAGCAGGUAUGCAAGCAUGGGCUCCCAGUCCAGGCCCCAGAGCGCCCUACAGGGCUUCGGCUACAGCAAGGAACGGGGCCACACAGGCUCUGCGGGAGAAGCCUUCCUGUCCACCAUCCAGAAGGCCGCAGAGGUGGUGGCCAGCGCCAUGCGCCCUGGGCCUGAGAGCCCCAGCUCCCAGAGGUCCCUUCUGCGAGGUGACGCCUACCAGCCAGCUGUGACACCUUCAGCCAGCCUCGGCCCCCCAACCCCCGGGAACCCUCUCCCCAGGGCCGGCCCAGGUGCCCGAGCCAUGAGACACCAGCCUGGGCAGGCCGGAGGCGGCUGGGAUGAGCUGGACAGCAGCCCAAACUCUCAGGAUUCUUCCCAGGAGAAUGACGACCUGGGCAAGGCCUCAGACUCAGGUAGUCCGUCGGGCAGUGACAGCCCCUCAGGGGCCAGCCGGGCACCCAGCGACCUGGCAGAAAGGGUCGAGGCCAUGACCCUGAGUGACUGCCAGCAGGAGCUGAGCCUGGUCCAGACCGUGACACGGGGGCCGCACUGCUUCCUGAGCCGAGAGGAGGUGCAGCACUUCGUCAAAGAGUGUGGACUCCUCAACUGUGAGGCCGUGCUGGAGCUGCUCAUCCGCCACCUGGGCGCAACCAGCGAGCGCAUGCAGAUGAGAGCCCUGGGUGCCAUCGCCUCCCUCGGGUGCACCGACCUGCUCUCCCAGGAGCGAGUCCUGCUCCUUGCCCGGCCUCGGCUGCAGGAGCUCAGCAUGGGCAGCCCCGGACCCGUGACCAACAAGGCCACCAAGGUCACACGGCAGCUUGAUGCCGGGAAAGUGCCCAUUUGUGUGACAGCGGGUGGGGAGCAGGAGCGCUGCAGUUGGAAUGACACGAGGACAGCUAUCCUGAGACACUUUGAAGCCUCCUGCCGACAGUGGCCCCCUGCCCGGAGGCCCCCAGCCGAGCCUGGCCCCGCAGUCACCCGUGUGGGCCCAUCAGACCUGCUGACCGACACCCUGCCUUUCACCGAGGGCCAGGCCUUCCUGCAGCCUCUGAGUUCAGCUCUGUUUUCGUCCAAGGACACUGCUCCCCCAUCGGGGCUGCAGCCCGGCCCUGUGCCCCCGACUUCCCUGGACGGCUGCCCCCUUCCAGCCCAUGCAGAUGCCAGGGAGGCCAAGACCAAACUGGCAGGUUCCAGAGAGCAGGAGGCUGGAUCGGAGCGGGGCCCGUUCGGCACAGACACUGCAAAGGGAGGGCCAGAGCUUGACCCGGGCCCCGGGGAUAGCUGUGACUCCUUGUUUGCUGGCAUGGAACUGGUGGCCUGUCCCCGCCUGGUGGGGGCCGGGACUGCUGCAGAAGAGCCCCUCCCAGCCUGCCAGGCUCCCUGGACACCGUCACAGAGAGUGGCAGCAAAAGAACCUUCUGGCUCUGAGCCAUCAGCUUUCUCAUUCUUAAACUCAUGAUCUUGUCAGCCUGGGCCACUUGCCGAGUCUCUGUGUCCCCCAGCCCCUGACUCCUAGGACCCUGUGACUUUGUGCUGUCCCCAUGUGCCCACAGCCUCUGUGUCCCACCAAAGAGUGGCUCCCCUCAGGUGUGUGCAGUCGGCCUCACCCUCCUCUGGCCUCCUCCCCUCACCCACUGAGGCAUUGGUGCGGACAGCCACCCAGCCAGGCAAGCUCAGAGUGGGCAGCCCACCCAGUGAUGAGAACAGCCACCAGUAAGACACAGAUAAUGUUUCAGGAGUCCACGAACCAGCCAGAGCCAGGCCGGCACUGCUGGAAGGGGUCGUCCUUGCCCAUGGGGGCUACUCCCCAACCUUGUCCCUGAGGUGGGUUCCCCAUUUUUCUGCUGGGGGGCAGGACCCCCCCCACAGCCCACCCUGUGGGUGUGAUGGCCGAGGAGCAGCCCCCCAGGCAGCCCGCAGGACACACAGGGAGGGCGGGACGGGCACAGAAUGAGGAGCUGAGUGCUCACUGAGACUGGCAGCUGGCGGGCCCUGGGCUGCCGGGUCUCCCACCUCACAGCCAUCUGGUCUGGCAGGAUGAGUACACCGCCCGCUUUUCCCAUUUGCCAAAGGGAUCCUAAGGGAGGACAGUGGGGUGGGUGGUAUGGCGUGGCCUGCCUGGAGGGCGUGGGAGGGAAGGCCUGCUGACCGAGCUCAGAGACCAGACGCCCCUUGGAACUGUCCUCAGUCCCCAGGGUCCUCACGGGCACACAGAGAGGGGCACCGGGGGGAGACAGGCCCCAUCUGCAGGCUGAGCCCAGGCCCGGCCCCCAGCCGAGCUUCUGCUGUUUCCAGACGACAAUCCUGAGAGGAGGACCGUAGGGCCACCUCAGUCAUUCCCCCCCUGUCCCCGCUGUCUCCUUGACCAGAGACUGGCCAUUUGGACUUGAAUUCCUAUAGCAGCAGGCAGGCAAAGGGCCUUACAAGUGCUGACCUCAGGGUCCCCUGGGGAAACCCCUGCCUGCCUUGCCCUCAGAAACAAGGAUUUUUGGGUGGAUUUGGAACCACUGCUUGGGUCUUUGAGCUCAGAUCCCUCUCUCAGCAGGGGUAGGGGGGGUGUACUAAGCAGCGUCACACCUUCUCGUCCAGCAGGAUGGGGCCCUUUCCAGCAUCGGGUCCCUGUGUGACCCAUGUCAGCUCCCCCCUGCCAUGACCACUGCCUACAGACUGUACAGCCACCUCAGAGCAAUGGCUGUGGUCCCUCUUGGAAGAACUGGGGUUGACCUGGGGUCACACCUCCUACAUAAACACUG